CGCUCGGCGAUACGCGAGCUUCACGAGCGAGCAGUUCGCUGUCGCUAUCGAUUUCAAGGUCCGCGCUUCCGAAACUCGAUACAUUGAUCCCACCGCGAAGUGGAAAAAAAAAUACGCGUGCAAGCGUGUGACAGGAUGUACUGCUGACUGCGGUCCGUCGAAAUCACCGAAAAACCGGGACAAUCCGGAAGGAAUCAAAACAGAAGAGAGACUAACAAAAGUCGGUCAGAGUGAUGAUAUCGCAGUGUGGCGAGGCCAUCACAAUCGAAUUUAUUCGCGAAUUAAAAGUCUCGACGCGAAAGCCAGAGCUUUCUUUAACAUUUCACUGAAAGUUUCUGUAUCUUCAAACAAACAUUUAAUUAUUGAAACCAAUAAGUGAAUUAGCCAAAAAGAAGACUGCCCAGGCAGUCCGGCGACGUGAAAUAGUUUGUGCUCGAGUAACAAGUUUUAUGAGACGCGAACAGAUUCGGUGAUAAAUCAAGAUAGAGAUUUAAAUGGUGACAAAAGUUAAAAUACAACUGCGAAUGAUAAAGUCUCUGUUUACAAUGUAGAUAGAUCGAUAAUUGAGAAGGAGAUGAUUAAUUGUAAUUCGCUUUAUAUCUCGAUCUCGAAAGUUUAAAGACAGAUUGAGUGACGACAUGAGAAGCCUAACGCAGGAUGCAGCAUCGAUCUAUCGACUCCCAAGAUUGAAUUAUCAAGACGAGCGAUCGCGCAUAUAAGACGUGAAAUAUUAUUAGUGAAAGUCGCCCGCGCCUGUACAGUUUGAGGAUUAAGACUAACGCACGAUUCUUCUCAAGAAUCGCGUGAAGGGGUAAAGAAGGUCAGACGAAAGGAAAGACCAGAAGAUCUUCAUCUGACAGGAGAAAGGGAGAAAUAAUUGAGCGCAAAAAUGAGACGGACGGUCUCGAAUUUGGCGUUCAAAUUUCCGCAUUUCGAUAUCGCGAGAAUUUCCUGACGAACGGCAGACAAUUUAAAAAAUCGAGCAUCUCGGGAAUGAAAAGUUGUGCGUCAUUGUUCUGUUUACCGGACCUACUCAAGCGCUGAUUGCACUGAAAGAAGUCGAAGAAAUUGAAGUUACUCGCCGAGAGAAAGGUUCCGAAGAAGAUACGCGUGAACAAACAGAUACACGCGAAGCAGGAAGUUCCUCGAAAGCUAUUAGGAGCGAAAAGAUUUCUGGAACGAUUGAAUAUUUUAUAAAACUGUACUUUUGUAGCGAGACUUCGUCUGCUUUACGUUGCAUUAAAAUUAAAAAAAAUUUUUUUUUAAACAGAAAUUUCUCAUUAUUAGCUUAUGUAAAGAUAUUUUAAACGUGUUAUAUGCAACACUCUCAGUAAAAAUUUAGCAAAAAAAGAAUGAAAUAUUGAAGUUGCCUAAAUAUAAAACGCACGGAGUAAAAGUACAAUAAAAAGCAAUUCUUCUGUUCGAUACAUCUUUGUGCAAUUUUCAUAGCUUUUCGGUGAAAGCAGUCGAGCAUAAAACUUUAAUACGUUAUAUAUUGUUUCAAAUACUUUUGGUGUUCAAACAGAUAUCGGAAGUUUGGGUUUCCAUUAUAUAAGUUUGCAUAAUCAAAACUUACCACGCGCAGAAGCAUCAAAAGAAAGUGAAGUUAAUCAAUAUCGAUAAAACUGUUUCGUUGCAAAAUAAAUCAUUCCUAUUUCUUCGGAUAAAAGAAAAGAUCAGAACAAUUAUUCACGGUCAAUCCUUCAUUCAAAAAUCAAAAGAAUCUGUGGAAGAGUCUUUUCAUAAAAUUCCGUAACACGGAGAUUAUUCUGAAGAAUUCCAGCAGCAAUUUUGACAACGCAACCGCAACAAAACACGCACAGAAGAAGAGAUUAUCUCUGAAACUGUACAAUUUUUAACUAAACGCUUCUUGGAAGCGAAUAAAGAUUAAAAGAAACAAGCUUGUCUGCCGCAAGCUACGGCAGAUUUUAGAGCAAUUUAUCACAGACAUUCAAAUUUCGGUUUUUCUUCUCGGUAGUGAAAUAAAAUGAUAAUUAGUCUGACAACCUUCGUUAUUCUCAUUUAAAGACCGCGUGUGCUUAACUCUGGAACACACGUCUCAACUCUAUCAGUGCGUUCGAGACAUAAUUCUUGUAAGUGCAAAAAAGUACAAAGCAGAGGAUAUGCGAGAAUUCACAACGACGAGACCGACCAGCGAUCGAAUGUAACAAGAAAGGGUGAUUAUUCGUGGAUAAAGAACGGCUCGCUAUUUACCGUGAAUUGGAGCGUAAGGGAUUUUUUAUUCCUACCGGAUCUCAUCUCGAUUAUCCGACCGGAAACGCUUCAAAGAAAAUACGGAUAUUUGCGUGUCGCGGCGUUUCUCGCUUUGUCGAUGCGCAAAAGAGUUCGUGACGAAAGCGCGCAAUCGUGUGUAACGAGGACUGUCCGCGAUAAAAGAAUAAUGCCAGGCCACGAAGCGAGUGUUCCUCUUCAAUGAAGGGUUGAUUGUGCGUUGGUACGCUAUCGCCGUGACAUACGCGUGCGAGGGAAGAAAGAGAACUGUUUCGCAGAUCGAUAACGGACAAUAUCGCGAGGAUGGCGCAUAUCGCGCAUCGACUCGCUCUCCUCGUGGGGUGUUCUCUGCUGAUCGAGCCCGUGCUAGGAUACAACAUCCUGAUGGCCACCAUGGGUGGUACCAAAUCCCACACAGUGCCUUUCAUCGCCCUUGGUACGAAUCUGAGGUCGCGAGGGCAUAAUGUCACAUUACUGAGCGCUUUCUCCGGUCCUGCGGCAAAUAAUGGUCUUCAUGAACUUGUACCGUCGAUUCUCGAGGCUUACGUCGAGAAUUUCACAUCCGAGUGGGACCUGGUGGGCGCCAGAUUCCGGAACGAGCUUCCGGUUUCGCCGUGGGACGUCAUGAGAUACGCUUGGGAGUCCUGCGAGUCUCUGUUGCGCGACACGCCGUCGAUCGUCGGCUUAAGAAGACCGGAUGGCGAUCCGCAUGCUCGAUGGGACGUCGCGGUGGUCGACGGCGCUUACCCCGAAUGCCUGCUGGGGAUUCUUCACGGCGAAAACGUGCCGACGAUUAUGCUGAACACGGUGGCACUAUAUAGCGGGUCUCUUAUGCGACAAGGCAAUCCAUCACCGUGGUCCGUGACGCCGUAUUUCGGUAAAACGAUUACGCAAGACAUGAAUUUUUUUCAAAGAAUCUUAAACGUGGCGUGUCUGUUCACUCUAAGGAUUAUGCAUUGGUUCACACUUUCCUUCCAUCUUCAACCGGUUCUUCAAAAAUAUCUCGGUAAUCAUAUACCCGCUGAUUUGCACAGUCUGACGAGGGAGGUCCCCUUAACUUUGCAGAACAGUCAUUAUGGCGUGGGCGAUUCUGUACCUUAUUUAUCGAACGUCAUAAACGUGGCGUGCCUCCAUUGCAGACCAGCGAUGCAAUUAAGCUCCGAUUUGGAGUCCUUCCUGCGACGCGGCUUCGUGUUUGUUUCGAUGGGAUCGUCAGUGCGGGCUUCCGGAAUGCCGGAGGCGCUACGGCAGAUCUUCGUUGCGGUCUUUUCUACGCUGCCGUACAAUGUUGUCUGGAAGUGGGAGAGUGGUAAGAUCAAAGAUCUGCCGGCGAAUGUGAGGACGGCUGCCUGGUGGCCGCAGCAGGAGUUGCUCGGGCAUUCCAAGCUGCGUGCCUUCGUUUCUCACGGUGGACUGUUAUCCCUGCACGAAGCAGCUUAUCAUGGAGCACCGACUCUGGUUCUGCCGGUCUUCUGCGAUCACGACGGAAACGCAGCGCAAGCUGAAAAAUUGGGUUACGCUUUGGUAAUGGACUUGGCUGGUAUAACCAUCAAUACACUUCGUGAAGGUAUACUUAAAGUGGCCGCAAAUCGCAAUAACUCGUACAGAGAAGCAGCUAAGAAGAGAAGCGUGUUGCUGCGCGAUCUGCCGAUUGGCCCCACAGAAUUGGCUACAUGGUGGGUAGAACAUGUUGCCAAGCAUAGGGGAGCAGAUCAUUUGAAAAGUUCUAUGAGGCAUAUGAACGUGGUUCAUUAUUACAGCAUAGACGUCGCAAUAUUUUAUAUACUGAGUUUAGUCCUAGUAAUUUACGGACUUAAGAAAUUAUGCUGGCGAGCGGUAAUUAACCAAGAUGCCUUUAAAAAAAAAAUGGACUGAUCGAGAAUUUCGUAGAGUCCAUCGCCAAAUCUAUUUUAUUUAUUAUUGUGUAUAAGACAUGAUCUAUUAAUAUUAAAUAUGUUUACGCGUGAAAAUGGAGAUUACAGAAGCCGAAAGAAAGCCUCGUGAUUUUUUGUGAAAAUCUUUCGAUUGGCACAUACACAUAAAGCUUCUUAAAGAUCUCUAAUAUAUUUUUACAAACUUUAACUAUAAGUAGUAAUUAUAAGUA